AUGUCUGGAAGAAGGAAGCCACGAACGGCAAAAAGUCCAGAGGCAAAGCGUAGCACUGGGACAAGAACAAACACAGAGGAGAAGCAGACCAAAACUUUUGAGGAACAAGCAGCUAAUUUCAACCCGCCAGCCAGCGGUGCAAGACCUAAAAAGUGUGGUGCUCCAGCCAAAGUGAAAUUAGAUAAUGAAGAAAUCAAAAAGGAUCCCAAGAAAACUACAACAAAGACGACCACAGCACAAACAAAGCCUAAUGUCAACUGUACAGCCAGUGAUGCAAAUCCAAAAACCUGUGGUGCUCCAGCCAAAUUAAAUUUGGAGAAUGAAGAAAUCAAGAAAGAUCCCAAGAAAACUACAGCCAGCGGUGCAAGACCUAAAAAGUGUGGUGCUCCAGCCAAAGUGAAAUUAGAUGAAGAAAUCAAGAAGGAUCCCAAGAAAACUACAGCCAGCGGUGCAAGACCUAAAAAGUGUGGUGCUCCAGCCAAAGUGAAAUUAGAUAAUGAAGAAAUCAAAAAGGAUCCCAAGAAAACUACAACAAAGACGACCACAGCACAAACAAAGCCUAAUGUCAACUGUACAGCCAGUGAUGCAAAUCCAGAAACCUGUGGGACCAAGACCAAAUCACCAGUAGAUGAAAAGGAUAACAUAAUCUCAACAAUAUACAAAGACAAAUGUGCUGCUGAACAACCUGAGUCAACAUUGAAAGGGAAAAAAGGGAUGACUCAACUUCAGAUGAAGCAACUUUCACAUGACGACAGUAAAAAUGCUGAUGAUGUUAAAAAGACGGAGCUGAGAACCACACUUAACGCAACUCUGGAAAAUCUUAAAAUUAGGAUGAAGGAGAAAUCAAAAGCUUCAGAAGUAAUUAACAAAGUAGAGAAAGUCAUUCUGAAGCAUUUAAGAAGUGAAAAGAGUUUGUUUAGGCAAGUAAAAAAACCUCUUCACACUGGAAGCUACUAUGAAAAUUUGAAGAUUUCCAACCCAGAUGAGUUUGACAUAAUGUUCCCCAUUCCUGUUCAACGCAUAGAUAUACAGCCGUUUACUGAGGAUGGGGCGUUUUAUGUUGUGUCUUUAAAACGUGGGUAUAACCCCCUAAAAAGGUUUCAGGAAGACGGAAAACCUUUACCUGCAAGCGAAAUACUGCAGGAUUUUAGACAAGAAGUAAUUAAGAGCAUAAAACACUUUCCAGGUGUGUCCAUUGAUAGAAAGAAGAGAGGAUGUCCUGCCGUGACAUUAAAUAUAAAAGUUGAGUCACGUGACAUUUCACUGGACAUUGUCUUGUGCCUUGUUGUUCAGUCAAGUUGGCCAGAUUUCACCAGUGAUGGCUUGAAAAUAGAAGCUUGGCUCGGGAGAAAAAUAAAGAAAGACUACAAAUCCAUGCGAUACUACCUUGUUUCAAAAUAUGAGGGCAAUGGGAACGAUGAAAGAGAUGGCAUUCUUGCCAAGGAUUGUUGGCGUAUUUCAUUUUCCCAUGUGGAGAAAGAAAUCUUAAAAAAUCAUGGAUCAGAAAAGACAUGCUGUGAGAAAGAUGGUACUCACUGCUGCAGGAAAGACUGCCUGAAGCUGCUAAAGCAUCUCCUUAGCCUCCUGAAGGAACAGGACAAGUCUUUUGCCAAGUUCUGCUCAUAUCACGUUAAAACGACCUUCCUACACGCCUGCUGCUCCAGGACGAAUGACAGUCAGUGGGCAGCUGCUGACCUGACACAGUGCUUUGAGCAACUCCUAAUAGAUUUUGAAAAACACUUGGAAAGCAGGCAGCUCAACAACUUCUUCAUCCCUGCCCAAAAUUUGCUUUCAGGUUGCAGCCAGAAAAGCUGCAAAAGUCUAGCCCUGCAUAUCAAAAAGGAGCGAGAAGAAGGAUUUCCUAUAUUUAAAUGUUAAUUUAAAACCAACUGAUACUUGGAAAACAA